AUGUACAAGAAGAUAAUUAUAAUUGGAUUUAUUGAUAUAGAUGAACAAAAUUCUGAAGACUCACAGGAAGAAGUUGACCCUGAUCUUCCAAAUGAAGACCUAAACCAGCAUAAGAAUUGGAAAUUGCUCAAUGAUGAAGAUUGUGGUCUCAGUAUAAGUGAUAGGAUAGUUGGAGGAAAAAAUGCCAGUCUAGGACAAUAUCCUUGGAUUGCAAGAUUAGGAUAUGCAAAAAAGAUUUUGUAUCCUGAUAUGUACGAUUAUUCUGAUGCUGAAUAUUUGGAUGAAAAUAAAGUGCUGGUUUUCGAAUGCGGUGCUUCUUUAAUAAGUGAUUUAUAUGUUGUUUCUGCAGCACAUUGUGUGGUGGGCCUGCCUUCUUCAAUAACAUUAGCGCGAGUCAGACUCGGCGAACAUAAUGAUCAAUCGGGUAUAGAUUGCGAGGACGAUGUUUGCGCAGAACCUGUCCAAGAUUUCGAUCCUGUGAAAAUAAUUCCACAUCCAGAAUACAAAGACGAACUAUUUAAACAUGAUAUAGCUCUGAUAAAAUUGGAUAGAAAAUAUAAUAAAAAUGGUUGGGUGUAUCCAAUUUGUACAAUUAGUGGAGACUUGAUUUUCAAGGACUAUGUGGGGACUUAUGCAGAAGUUGCUGGAUGGGGCUUUACAGAUCGAGACUCAGAAGUACUUGCACAUGUAUUGCAAACAAUUCAGUUCAUGGAUUACAUGGAUGGUUGA